AUGCACUCCCGCCGGAAUCCUUAUUGGAGUCUCAAGGCCGCGCCCGAUCACAUCUAUCCGACUGUCAUCCAUCCUCACAUCCGGCUUGCAUCCAUCGGGAACGUCGGGACGGGACGGCUGCGGUGCCUCGUCAUCGAACAACGCACGGUCGAGGACGGUCGUCUUGAAUUUGACCACGAAGCCUCACGAUACUAUACGAUAAAACGUCUGCCCGUCGUCUUUCGUGGAACUCACGGCAGUGGAUCGGGCAUCGUCUUUGCAGACACGAAGAUGGUGAGAUCCGAAGCGUGCGAUCCUCCCGAUGGAGGCUGGUCCUGGGUCAUUCUCUCGUCUGCCUCGAUCGUCAUGUUGCUGGCCACUUCCAUGCGGAGCACGUUCGGGCUGCUGUUCGGGGAGUUCCUCCAGGACAUCCAGGCGGAUCCGGUCUUCUCUUCGCUCAUAUUUAACGUGACGCAGACCGUCUGGUUCACGGCUUGUCUGUUCGUGGGGUCCAUGUGCACGGUGUUCUCGCACCGGCUGGUGGUGCUGGUCGGGGGAUCCUUCCUUUUCCUUGGCAUGUUUUCCACCGUCUUCGUCACCAGUGCCACCCAGAUGUUCUUCUCCUACAGCUUGUUUACAGGGAUAGGAGUGUCGUGCUGCGUCUCGGGUUCCUUCCUCAUCCUGCCGAUAUACUUCAACCGUCAUCGAGGCCUGGCCCUCGGCUGCUUCAAUGCCUCGGCCUCCAUCGGCCGCGUCCUGUUUCCCUUGAUCAUCGAUGCUCUCUUGUCCUACUAUGGGAGCCGGGGGACUUUCUUGAUCCUGUCGGGCGUGGCAGCCAACACGCUGGUGGCUGCAGGACUCUUGCAUCCCAUCGAGAGGCACUGCCGUUCGGAUAAGGGGUGUCACCGGCUCCUGCCUAGGGAGAAGGCGCUGAAGCCUCUGCUCGCAAAGGAGGUGGAGAAGAUGCAGAAGGGGCUGAGGAAUCCUCUGCUCUUGCUCGUCACGCUGUCGGAUUCGCUCUUCUGGAUGAGCUUCUCCAACUUCAACUUUCUUCUUCCCAUCUUCGUCCAGGAGAAGGGAUUCGGUCGGCAGCAGGCGGCCGUGCUUCUCAGCGUCGCUUCCUCCGUAGACAUCGUGGCCAGGAUCGGCCUUCCCGUCCUGGUCGACCGGAAACUCGUGCACCCCAGGGACGGGUAUAUCGCCGGGCUGGUCAUCGUCGCCGCUUUCGCCUUUCUCUUGCCUUCUCUGACGACCUCCAUGUCCUGGUUGGUAGCCUUGAGUGCGAUUUAUGGGAUAGGGUGUGGAGCAGCCGUGUCCCAUUACGGUCUUCUAUUGGUGCACUACUUCGGGCUGGAAAAUCUCCCCGUUGCCAGCAGCCUCACCAUGUUCUUCAAGGGCAUCGUCGUGCUCGGCCUCGGGCAUCUCAUCGGUGUUCUGCGAGACUCGACGGGACAGUAUGACGCAAGCUCAUAUUUGCUUGGAGGAAGUUUGGUCCUUGCAGCGGGCAUCUGGGUAUUUGAACCCUGGAUCACAUCCAAGAAUCGAGAGAAGUCAAUCCAAUCCAUCCAGGCGCAAGCCUCAACCAUUUGACCUCAGUGAAGGGUGCCCUGUCACAUGUCAUGGACACCUGAUAUUUUAUUACAGUGC